AUGGUGUGCAGCCUGGCGGGCGUGGUGGCGGGGCUCUUCGGCCUGGGCGGCGGCGUGGUCAAGGCGCCCCUGAUGCUGGAGCUGGGCGUGAUGGCGGACGUCGCCGCCGCCACCAGCGCCACCAUGAUCGCCUUCACCUCCGCCGCCGCCUGCUGCGUGUACGUCGGCUUCGGGCUGGUGCCCUAUGACUACGGGGCCGUGCUGCUGGGUCUGGGGCUGGCGGGGUCGGUGGUGGGGCAGCUGGCGACGACGCGGAUUGUGAAAGCCCUGGGGCGGCGCUCCUUCAUAGUGUUCCUUAUGACACUGCUGAUGGCGCUGGCCACUGCCGCCGCCUUCAACAACGCGCUCGGCAGCUGGGCGGACGUCGCGGCAGGCAGCAUGGGGCCCUGGGAGUGGGGCGGCGUCUGCGGUUGA